GCUUGUUGGGCCGCAUGGCUUUUGGCCGGCCGUUCGGGGACUGGCUGCCGGACGGCGACUGCGGCCUUUGUUCGUGCGCGCUGGGCCAGGGGCGCCUGGCGGCGGCCAGAUGCUGCCGGGGGGCAGGGGUGGAGGGUGGGCUGUCCCUUUGGUUCCCGUGAGACGCAGGGGGUGCCUUCUUGGGGCGCUCCUGGGGUGGCGCGGAGCCCGAGGGGGUGGCCAGCCGGGAUUUCGGGGAGCAGUGCUCAUGGGCGGAUCGGGGAGGGCGUGCGUGAAAAUAGGGUUCUUGGGCUCGCCCCAGUCCUGGGAAUAAGCGCCUCAGGGUGACUGGUCUCCCGCGCAGCGUUGCUUUUUUUAAAGGUAUUCCCCUUGAUUCCUUCCGAGGCCUCUGGUCCUCUUGGGUCGUGGCCCCCUCAGGGUGGAGACCUGAGGCUUUCGACUUUCCGAGCCCACCUAACGGUAGUCUUUGCGUGGAUGUUAUUGGUGGUGGAAGGCUUUCAGAGACCCCCCCCGUCCCCAAAUUGGAACAAGGCGCUGCUCAGAAAGGUCGCAGGGAACCCCCUCCGUGGAACAAAGACUUAGUCGCCUGCUGCAGCCAAGUCCCAGACAGUCGGCCACCUGCUGUUUGUCCUCUUUUUUUUCUGGCUCGGGAAAGAUGCUUUUGAUUCUGGGCCAGCUUUGAUUGCGCCCUCCCCUUGGUUCAGUGUCCCGUGGCGCCUUCAGGUCCCCCAGGAGGGGAAAGCGGAGGACGCCUGCCAUGUGCCGAGCACCUGGCCCGAGCGGGAAGAAGUUCCGCAGCAAGCCGCAGCUGGCGCGCUACCUGGGCGGCUCCAUGGACCUGAGCACCUUCGACUUCCGCACGGGCAAGAUGCUGAUGAGCAAGAUGAACAAGAGCCGCCAGCGCGUGCGCUACGACUCCUCCAACCAGGUCAAGGGCAAGCCCGACCUGAACACGGCGCUGCCCGUGCGCCAGACGGCGUCCAUCUUCAAGCAGCCGGUGACCAAGAUUACCAACCACCCCAGCAACAAGGUCAAGAGCGACCCGCAGAAGGCAGUGGACCAGCCGCGCCAGCUCUUCUGGGAGAAGAAGCUGAGCGGCCUGAACGCCUUCGACAUUGCUGAGGAGCUGGUCAAGACCAUGGACCUCCCCAAGGGCCUGCAGGGGGUGGGACCUGGCUGCACGGAUGAGACGCUGCUGUCGGCCAUCGCCAGCGCCCUGCACACUAGCACCAUGCCCAUCACGGGACAGCUCUCGGCCGCCGUGGAGAAGAACCCCGGCGUAUGGCUCAACACCACGCAGCCCCUGUGCAAAGCCUUCAUGGUGACCGACGAGGACAUCAGGAAGCAGGAAGAGCUGGUGCAGCAGGUGCGGAAGCGGCUGGAGGAGGCGCUGAUGGCCGACAUGCUGGCGCACGUGGAGGAGCUGGCCCGUGACGGGGAGGCGCCGCUGGACAAGGCCUGCGCUGAGGACGACGACGAGGAAGACGAGGAGGAGGAGGAAGAGGAGCCCGACCCGGACCCGGAGAUGGAGCACGUCUAGGGCAGAGGCCCUGCCGAGAGCCCGUGCUGCCUGCUGGAGCCGCCUGCAGACGCGGCCCUCGGCCCCACGUGAACCAGGCUCGGCGGCCAAGCCCAGCCUUGGAGACACCCGGGAGGAAGGCCGUGCUCCUGGCUCCCUCCUCGGCCCGUCCCCACUUCCCGGGGCCUCAGGGCACACAGCUGGGGCUGCCCCCACCCGAAAGACCCUCCACACUCGUCCUCUACAGAGUCCGGCUUCGGGAAGUGCCGGGUGCUCCUGGGCCCUGCCUGGCUCCCUACGACCUUUGGGCUCGAGGCCAGCUCCUCCCCAUGCCCGCUGUCCCAGCUCCUUGAGACUGGAGAGCAGCCAGCAGGUGCCCGGCAGCUCGGCGCCAAGGAUUGCUGACAGCUGGGAGGGUUUCUCGGUCUGGAGGCGUAGUUUUGAAACUCACAUCACCCACUGUGCAGCGUGAGGACGGGACUCUGGUCUGCUGUGGGGGGCGUGCAGGACGGCGCCACCCUCUGCCCUGCCAUGCGGCUGGUGGUGCCACAGACCCUCACCGUGCCUGAGUGGCAUGCCCAGGAGGCCGCUCUCCUUCAGUAAAUCUAACACAGUCGAGGCACGUCAUCGGGCGGCCUUCCCUGUGUGCCAACGCCAGCCUUCGCUUCUGAAAACCAAACUCCAGCCGCUGCCAGUCGGGACUUGGUCGCCCGGCGCUGCCAGAAUGCUCCACUGCCAGCCGGCCCCCCUGCCUCGGUUUCCCUUCUGUUUAGUGGCGACACAGGCACCCAGCUUUGGGGUGGUGCUGACGCUCCCAGGGGUGCCAGGAGCCACUGGGACAGGGUGAGGCUCCCAGACGCUCCUCGAGGUGCCCGGCUCUCCAGGGAGCUUCUGGCCCAAGGCCGUCUGAGGGAUCUGCUCCUUAACCCCCCAGUGCCUUGGCGAGGGCAGGUUCCAAGCCACAGACGCCUGCCCUGAGUGGACUCUGCGGCCAGUCCCUGGUGCCCUCCUGGCCCUGGUGCCCAGUGAGGGCUCCUACAGGUGGGUUCAUUGGCCUGGGCCCAGCGAGCCCCCACCUGCAUUGACCUUAGGCCCACAGAGAGGGCCUGUCCCGGUGCUGCCCCAGCCAGGAUCUGGUCGCUGCCCCAGGGGGACUGAUGGGCAGAGUCGCCCCUGUGGCUGGACUGUGACCAUCCCUGAUGGGGCCUGACCGCGGGAGCUGAGGAAGCGCCGCUCCACCGUCUGCCCUCCGAGGACCCCCAUGGAGGCAGUGGGCUGGCAGCUUCCUGCUGCUCCCUGUCAGAGUCAAAGCACAAAUCCUCAGGACGGGCUCAAGGGCCAGGGCAGCCGAGGGAAGCUCCAGGUGGGGACCACGUCUUCCUGAGGUUGGUGCCCACUGGCUGGGACCCUUUGCAGUGGGGUGGCCUCCCCUCUGUCUGUCUGGUGGAGGGAGCCGUGGGCGUGGGGACGUGACUGAAUAAAGCCACCGUGGGUGGAUGUGCUUGGA